AUGGCACGGCCAAUGCACGAGGAGCGAAGUUUUAAGCUCAUCGCCAAUUCACUCUGGGGCGGUGGUCCGAGCGUCAAGCUUCUGCAUGUGAGCUGGACCGAUAUUUUCUCCAACUCGCACGCCACCACCUCAAACUUCCCGCGCAGCAUUCAGUCACCGCACCUCUGCUUCCACAUCGACAUACACGCCUCGCAACCAAGUCCAACCAUCCAUCGCCUCGACAAACGCCAUCGCCUCCUACCCAUCAUGUCUCACAUCCCCUACCCCUACUUCGAUCCUAACGCUGGCUUCUAUGUGCCAUAUUUCAUAGGCUACAACGCCGAGCUACCGGCUAUGCGCCCAUCGCAAUACUCAUUUACGUUUCCGGAUUGGGGUCGCCCUAGCCUGCCUGCUGCUCUUGCGAAUUUCAAGGGUGGAGAAGAAGGUCAGAGCAGCGACGAGGUCAAGAACCCGCCAGUCAAAACCCAGCCGUCAUCACCAACACAAGUCACCUCCACAUCACCGGCUCAUCAAUCCCUAUCCAUCCCGAUCCCCGGUCAGCGGCUCUUCUCCCAAAUCAAUCCGAGCCGAAGCCGCCGCCGAGGAAGAGAAGGAUCUCCGAGGUAUAGAGAGACAUCGCAGCGGCCAAAGCAGAGCUCCUCUCCCUCCAAUGGGAAUCAGUCGAGCGCACCACCAAUCUCGCCGUGUUCGACAAGAUCGAACGCACCCUCAGCUCCAACGCUUGCGUUCUCCACCUGCGGACCAGCUUCAGCCUCCUGUGCUCUCCGGGUGAUAUGA